AUGUGUUAUCGUCGAAUACAUUUGUACGGUGGAAAGGAAUGUCGUUGUGUCUGGUAUGAGGAUGGCCCUUGGGGCUGCGGACAGGAGCCGAAUUGCGGCCAUGACAAAUGGUCUGCUCUAUACGAUAAUGGGGGCUGUAUCAUACAAGAGGAAGUGAUGCUUCAAGAGUGCCCAUAUCAUAGCCCAAGCCGUGAACAGCCAACAAAUUUACCCGCUUAUGACGACCCUGAAGAUUAUGACGACUUUCCCACAGCAACUUCGAGUAAAAGCAAGCCUUCUCAGUCGCAGUCGAAGUCCAAAAAGUCUACCAAACACAGCUCAUCAAGCCGCAAGCACAGAAAGAGUAGUGGCUCUUCUUCCAAUGGCACAAAAUAG